AUGCCCAACUAUUCCACCAUUUCGGAUGGUAACUCUGCCAGAACUCGAAGCGACAUGCCAAGAACACGACGACGCGGCGGCAAAGAUGGCGGCCACAACGGGCAGGCCUCGACGAUUAGCAGCAUUGUCAAUCUGCUGAAUACAAUUGUCGGCGCUGGCACCCUGGCGAUGCCCUCAGUGCUGUCCCACAUGGGAAUUAUGCUUGGUGUGCUACUAGUAAUAUGGUCUGGUUUGACUGCCGCCUUCGGUCUCUACCUACAGUCAAAAUGCGCCCGGUAUCUCGAACGCGGAACUGCAUCCUUCUUCGCCCUUUCGCAAAUCACCUACUCACAAGCCUCGGUCGUGUUUGACGCCGCCAUUGCUAUUAAGUGCUUUGGAGUAGGCGUCUCGUACAUGAUUAUCAUCGGAGACUUGAUGCCUGGUGUUAUGCUCGGGUUCAACAGAAACGCCGAUCAGAUCCCGUACCUUGUGGACCGUCAUUUCUGGAUCACGGCAUUUAUGCUUCUCGUUAUUCCUCUCAGUUUCCUUCGACGACUUGAUUCGCUCAAGUACACUAGUCUUGUUGCGUUGGUUUCCAUCGGAUACCUUAUUGUUUUGGUCAUCUACCACUUUGCGGUUGACCCUCACGCUGAUCCUGGCAACAUUCGAGUCAUUAAAUGGGCUGGCGCUGUGGAAACACUGAGUGCUCUACCCAUUGUUGUCUUUGCUUAUACUUGUCACCAGAAUAUGUUUUCCAUUGUUAAUGAAAUCAAGGACAAUUCCCCGUCGAGCAUGGUGCGGGUUGUUGUCUCAAGUAUUGGCUCAGCUGCCAGUAUUUAUAUCGUGGUUGCUGUGACCGGAUACAUCACCUUUGGCAAUGAUAUUGUAGGCAAUAUUGUCCUCAUGUACCCAACUGGCGUGGCAUCCACCAUUGGCAAGGCGGCCAUUGUUAUUUUAGUCUUAUUCUCCAUUCCGCUGCAGGUUCAUCCUUGUCGUGCCUCCUUGGAUGCCGUCCUGAGAUGGCGGCCGAGCCGCUCCCAAUCCAAUAAUGGCCGCACCUCGUCCCCGGUUGUGACCGCCGCAACGGCACCCCGCGGUGACCAUAGUGUCGCCCCCAUGUCUGAUACUCGCUUCGCACUUCUUACCACCCUCAUUUUAACACUAGCAUAUUUCACCGCCCUGUCAGUGAGCAGUCUGGAUCGUGUGCUUGCGUUUGUCGGAAGCACAGGUUCGACAUCGAUCAGUUUCAUCUUACCAGGUCUCUUCUACUAUAAAAUAAGCGACCCCGAAAGCUCAUAUCACCAGCGGCUUAUGAAGGAGGACGACGAUAUGGAAGACUCCGGCUCGUCCGACAUUGAGGACUCUGCACCGCUCGCUGAGAGCAGCGCCAGCGCCCUCGGCAGCACAUCAGAAACAGGAAGUCGCAGCCCGUGGCGCUGGCGAAGAAAAUGGCGAUGGGAUUUGGAACAUCUUGACCAUGGCUUGGUUAGGAAGCUUGCCCUCGCCCUGUCUAUUUAUGGCAUGGUGGUCAUGGUUGUAUGCUUGUUCAUGAACAUCUUUUUUGCAGCGUCUCAUUAG